GAGCGGGUGGGCCGGGCGCUGGACUGCUCCAGGGGACGCGGGCGUGCGGGCGCAUCUUCUAACGGGAGAGGGCGGGAGAGACCGGAGCUCCCUUUAUACGGAAACUCUGCCUUCGUUAUAUGGCGGGAUGGCGUUCCCCUCCCCCAUCCCGAAGGCAGUUCCACCCCCUGCGCAGGACGCCUUGACCGGGCUCCCCUCGGCCCCCUGCUGCCGUUGUCUUUACGGAACCUUUGGUGUCGGGGCUUGGGAGUCUCCUUGGCGCCGGCUUCUGGGCCCGGGCGAGGCUGGUGCGUGGCGCCGGGGUGGAGGCGGCUAAGUCCCGGGGACUUCUGCCCUGCGCCUCCGACGGGCAUUUGGCUGCGUCCGGGCUCGGGACGAUCCUGGGUCCUCGCUGGCGCUGCGGCCCUGCCCGGCGGCUUCGUGACCUCCGGCAGCUAAUCCCCGGGCUCGCGCAGCGAGUUGCAGCCGCGGAGAGCAGGCGUCGAUGCUGGCGCCCAAAGCCUCCAGCCUGAGAGUCGCCUCACUCGUGACGGCAUUUUUUUACCGUCUACAGAAACUUAUUGUAAUUCAUUUUUCCUCACUCCAGUAGUAAGAAUUAUACCAAAUUGAAAAGAUAUGAAUGAGUAUCCUAAAAAAAGAAAAAGGAAGACUCUACACCCUUCUCGUUAUUCAGAUUCCUCUGGAAUAAGCAGAAUUGCAGAUGGAUUCAAUGGAAUUUUCUCUGAUCAUUGUUACAGUGUCUGUUCUAUGAGACAGCCAGAUUUAAAAUAUUUUGACAACAAAGAUGAUGAUUCUGAUACCGAGACAUCAAAUGACUUGCCAAAAUUUGCAGAUGGAAUCAAGGCCAGAAACAGAAAUCAGAACUACCUGGUUCCCAGUCCUGUACUUAGAAUUCUAGACCACACUGCCUUUUCUACAGAAAAAUCUGCUGAUAUUGAAAUUUGUGAUGAAGAGUGUGACUCACCUGAAUCAGUCAACCAGCAAACCCAAGAGGAGAGUCCUAUAGAAGUUCACACUGCUGAAGAUGUUCCAAUUGCCGUAGAAGUGCAUGCGAUUUCUGAGGAUUAUGAUAUAGAGACAGAAAACAAUUCCUCUGAGAGUCUCCAAGACCAAACUGAUGAAGAACCGCCAGCUAAACUUUGUAAAAUUCUUGACAAGAGCCAAGGUUUGAAUGUGACUGCCCAGCAGAAAUGGCCUUUACUGAGAGCUAAUAGCAGUGGCCUCUAUAAAUGUGAACUUUGUGAGUUUAACAGCAAAUAUUUUUCUGACUUAAAGCAGCAUAUGAUCCUGAAGCAUAAACGUACUGAUUCAAAUGUGUGUCGAGUAUGCAAGGAAAGUUUCUCUACCAAUAUGCUUCUGAUAGAACAUGCCAAAUUGCAUGAAGAGGAUCCCUACAUUUGUAAAUACUGUGAUUAUAAGACAGUAAUUUUUGAGAACCUCAGCCAGCACAUUGCAGACACCCAUUUUAGUGAUCACCUCUAUUGGUGUGAACAGUGUGAUGUACAGUUCUCCUCAAGCAGUGAACUCUACCUACAUUUCCAGGAGCACAGCUGUGAUGAACAGUACUUGUGUCAGUUCUGUGAACAUGAAACUAAUGAUCCAGAAGACUUGCAUAGCCAUGUGGUAAAUGAGCAUGCAUGUAAAUUAAUAGAGUUAAGUGAUAAGUAUAACAAUGGUGAACAUGGACAGUAUAGCCUCUUAAGCAAAAUUACCUUUGACAAAUGUAAAAACUUCUUUGUAUGUCAAGUAUGUGGUUUUCGGAGUAGACUUCAUACAAAUGUUAACAGGCAUGUUGCUAUUGAACAUACAAAAAUUUUUCCUCAUGUUUGUGAUGACUGUGGGAAAGGCUUUUCAAGUAUGCUAGAAUAUUGCAAGCAUUUAAAUUCACAUUUAUCUGAAGGGAUUUAUUUAUGUCAAUAUUGUGAAUAUUCAACAGGACAAAUUGAAGAUCUUAAAAUUCAUCUAGAUUUCAAGCAUUCAGCUGACUUGCCUCAUAAAUGUAGUGACUGCUUGAUGAGGUUUGGAAAUGAAAGGGAAUUAAUAAGUCACCUUCCAGUCCAUGAGACAACUUGAUUAUUCUCUUUAACUUACAGAAUGUUAGUUUAAAAUAAUAAAUUCAUCCUUUUUUUGGAGAUGAUUAAAUGGAUGAUUGUAAACACAACUUAUGAAAUCUGCCUUUAACAAGUAACUUUUUUAAAUUAUAAAAUUUUAUUGGCAUUACUCCAUUUUCUGUAUAUAAAUAUAUCUUUAAUGUGGUAUUUUCAAUUGCGUGAUAGUUUGUAGUUUCAACCACUCUUGGUGACUGUCAUCCUGUUUCUUGCCUAUUCUCUGAUUUCAUGAAUUGAAAAGAAACAAAUGUAUUGAAGAAGUGAGCUACAGUUUUCCUUCCUUAACCAUGGGUGCUAGUAACUUUUUAAAACUCAAGACAAGAUUAGUUUUUUAUGUGUGAAGUCAUUAAAUUAUUACACGACCAGAACUAAAAUGCAAUAUACAAUUAAGUCCACGGAUACUCCCAUUAAUAAGAAAUAACACUAGGAAGCCACUAUUAUCACGGGAAGAAAAGAUUUGGUUUUCAUGGCAGUCUGUUUUUUUAAAAAAAAAUUUUUGAGCCACUAUCUAUUGUUGAAUAUUUUAAGAUGGGAUGAGGGAGGAACUAAUAAGGGCUUACACAAUAAAAAAUAACUAUAUCAUAACUCAUUCAUAACUUGAUGUUUCAUUUUCUGUUGAGGAACCAUAAAUUCAUUCACAGACUUAAUAUUUUUUUCUUAGAGACGGUCUCGUUCUGUUGUCCAGGAUGGAGUGCAGUGGUUGAUCAUAGCUCCCAGGCUGUAGUCUCCCAGGCUCGAGCAAUCCUCCCACUUCACCCUCCUGCAUAGCUAGGACUACAGGCAUGUGGCACCAUGCCCGCUAAGUUUUUAAAUUUCUUGUAGAGAUGAGAUCUCACUAUGUUGCCCAGGCCAGUCUCAAACUCCUGGACUCAAGCAAUCCUCCCACCUUGGCCUUCCAAAUCACUGGGAUUAUAGGCAUGAGCCAUUAUGCCUGACUCUUGCCCAAAUUUCUGAUGUCAAAUUGUUCAUUGACAGAAAACCCACUGAAGUAUUUAAUGUAACGUUAGGAAGAUCUGGGAGAUAGGGGUUGCUGGCAUGAAAAUGUAUAACUUACAACAUUUAUUAAUAAAAUGAUAAAGUAGCAUCAA